CUUUCCCUCGGCUAUUUGAUUUUUUUCUUUUCUAUGCUCCUUGCUCAUUCCAUGAUGUCAUGUUAGCUCCCUGUAAACGAAAAAGACAUGGCCACACUGAGAAAGUGGGGAUUUGCAUCGCCUAUAUAAAGGGGGUCACUCUCGCCUUCAAUCUACUUGCACCAAACCUCAACUGUUCCUUCCCCAAGACUCAACUGGUCCCUCCUCAAAACCCAAUCGACCAUCCUUCAAGACUCCGUAAUCGCAACCACUUUUGCCAGAAUUGUAACAAGGGCCAUUAUCGGAACCGUUGCAACAACAAUCGCUAGAGCUUUCGCAAGAACCUCUUCAUAAAUCUCCACGAGCCCUUUCAUAAACCUUUACUCAUCCCGGAUUAGGUGUAUCAUUACAAUGAUGAAGAAGUUAGCCGCCCUCCUUUUAUGUGCUUCUGUCGCGUACUCCGAAACAGUCAAAGGAAUAGAUGUAUCAGGAUAUCAGCCAAACGUAAACUGGAAUACGGUGAAGGCGAACGGAAUAAAAUUCGUUUAUAUCAAAGCCACAGAAGGCACCGGCUACAAGAAUCCUAGCUUCAACUCACAGUACACUGGUGCUACCAACGUGGGUCUAAUCCGAGGAUCAUACCAUUUCGCCCGUCCAGACGUUUCAAGUGGUGCGGUACAAGCCAAUUACUUCGUCUCCAAUGGCGGUGGGUGGAGUGGCGAUGGUAUUACUCUUCCAGGCGUCGUCGACCUUGAAUACAAUCCAUAUGGAACCAACAAAUGCUAUGGACUGAGCGCAGCUGGUAUGGUUAACUGGAUUCGCGAUUUUUCCAAUACGUACAAAACCAAAACCGGACGUCCUCCUGUUAUCUAUACGAGUACCAGCUGGUGGCAAUUAUGUACUGGAAACUACGGUGGUUUCGGUAGCGAAAACCCACUGUGGAUUGCGAGGUACGCUAGUACGCCCGGAACUCUUCCUGCAGGAUGGGCAUUCUACUCGUUCUGGCAGUAUACGGAUAACGCAAGCCCCAACCCAGGCGAUGGUGAUUAUUGGAAUGGCAGUUUGGCAAACCUCCAGAAGUUCGCCAGAGGAGGAUGAUCUCUCUAACAGUUAUCUUUUGUAUUGUGGUGCAUAUCUUCCUGAGUUCUCUUUUCUUUCUCCUUGUAAUGAGUUAUAUGAAAAUAAGAAACUUUUGAAGAAAAAAAAAAAGAAAAGAAAAAAACUAUUUUUAAGAAUCAGCUGAGUCGUAUAAUAAACAUCGCCUAAAAUUCAUUUUCAAA